AUGAUGAGUAGACCAUUCGGAGUAAUGAAUUGGAAAUUCAAAAAAGGAACCUCCAACGUCAAAUGGAUCAUUGAGUUUAUUAAGGAGACAUCUGAUUUGUAUAAGGAUGAACCACUUUGCUAUUUGGGAGAUCAUUCACAAGUUCAUCAUUCUUUUGAAAUGAUUGAAGAAGCAAUUAAACACUACGGACAUACGGUUCAUGCUUUACCAAGCUAUUCUCCUCAACUGAAUCCAGUUGAAAAUGCAAUCAAUUUCUUGAAGUGUGAGACUGAAAAGGAGCUCGAACAAGAGCAAGAAGAAUUAGAAGCUGUAAAAGAUGCACCACAUGAAACCAAACAACACAAAAGAAUGGAGAUUUUACAAAAAGCUUCAGAACAUGCAUUGGAAAGUUUAGAUGAGCGUGUGCAAAGAUUUUAUGAGAACUUCUCCUCUUAUAUCCACAAAGCGAAGAGGCGUCAAGAAUUUGAUUGA